AUGUGUGUCUGUUCAUUAGAACAGGUAUGUUACUGUUUACCUAUCCGGAAAUCAGCUUUCGAUUCCUUGUGGUGUUUAGAUGCUGCUCUGGCAGCAAUGUCUAUCGACCUGGGAUCGGAAUUCAUCAAAAUAGGACUUGUUAAGCCUGGUGUACCGAUGGAAAUCGUUCUUAACAAGGAAAGCCGUCGAAAAACACCGAAUGUCCUCGUCAUCAGGAACAAUGAACGAUUGUUUGCGGAAGCUGCUGCUGCCGUUGCCACCAAAUAUCCUAAUUCCGCCUACUGGUAUAUUCUGUCCUUGCUAGCGAAGGAACGUGGCGAUCCUGAUGUUGAGCUUUAUAGAACUCGAUUCCCAUUUGCCUCUUUUACUUUUGACGAAUCAAGGAACACUGUAGUAUUUCCUUCAGACAAUGAAACUUACAACGUUGAAACACUUUUGGCAAUGAUUCUUUGGUCGGCUAAGAAGACCACUGAGGCAUUUGCCGGGCAAAGAGUUAAGGAUGUCGUGAUCACUGUGCCAAUUUUCUUCAACCAGGCAGAGCGUCGUGCACUGGUUGCUGCAUCCAGCAUUGCCGGUUUGAAUUUGUUGCAAUUAAUAAACGAUGGAUCAGCAGCUGCGCUCAACUAUGGCGUGUUUCGAAGGAAAGGGAUUACGAAUAAGCCUCAGACAAUGAUGAUUUACGAUAUGGGUGCUUCUAAGACCGUUGCCACAAUUGUGGAAUACGUUUUGGAGAAGGACAAGAGCAGUAAGAUAGGAAAUACUUCAAAUCCUGUAGUCCGAACAAUCGGCGUAGGCUACGACAGGUCUCUGGGAGGGUUCGAGAUCACGUUAAGGAUGGCAAAGCAUCUUGAAAAGAUUUUCCGUGAGACUACAAAGACUACAAGUGACAUCACGACAAACGCCCGAAGCAUGGCUAAACUGCUUAAGGAGGCUGAACGGGUUAAGCAAGUGUUGUCUGCUAACAAAUACCAUUAUGCGCAAAUAGAGAGUCUUCAUGAGGAUCAGAACUUCAGGGCCAAAGUAACACGUGAGGAACUUGAAGAAAUGAUAGCCGACAUGGAGCCCCGGGUUACACAACCCAUAAAGCAUGCUCUCAUGAUGGCUGAAAAAUCAAUUGAAGAGAUUGAUCAGUUUGUUCUUAUGGGUGCUGGUACACGGGUGCCAAAAGUUCUAGAUUUCUUAAAGACAGUUUUAAAAGAAAAGGAGAUCGGUCGAUUCUUAAAUACUGAUGAAGCCAUUGCUCUAGGAGCUGUUUAUCAAGCCGCUGAGCUAUCGAAAUCAUUCAAGGUCCUCCCAUUUGGUGUGAACGAACUAAUAAUAUUCCCCAUACAGGUCAAAUUCCUAUCAAAAAUUGAAAAUGGCAGCCUGAAAGAAACGACUCGUCAAGUUUUCGGUUACAAAUCCCACUAUCCGACUAGUAAUAAGAUUGUUACCUUCCAGUCAUACACCGAUGACUUUGAGAUUUUUCUCAGCUACGACACUUUUCGUCAUCUCACUGAAGAGCAAAGAAGGCAGUUUAGGCGUACUGAUCUAGCACAGGUUUCUGUCCAUGGACUUGGUAGCGCUGUUAAGAACAAUGGUACUUGUGCAGAAUGUGAAAUCAAGGGAGUUAAGACCACCUUUGCUAUCAACUUAUCAGGGAUUGUGUCAGUCACCAGGUCGGAUUUUGUGGUGGAGAAAAGGCCAUCUGCUGCAGAGAUUGCAGCGUAUGAUGAAGCAUUGCAACAGUAUCAUCAAGCUGAGAAAGCUCGUCGAGAAAAGGAGGAAAUUGAUAAGAAAAUGGAGCAGAAAGGGAAAGAUGUGAAGGAAGGAGGAGAAGUGAAUACAUUGGAAGAAUAUUUGAAAAAUACGCGAAAUAAAAAGAUACUGCUAAUACCGCCGGUAGAGCCCAAGGCGAAAACGUUGAAAGUCGAACUAGACACGAUCGUCAAUCAUAAGGAUGUCAAGGAUUUGACAAGUGAACAGUUAGAAUCUGCUCGAAAUAUUUUGGCGAAAUUUGAGCAUGCUGAGAACGCAAAACAUAAACGUGAGGAAGCUAUGAAUGCUCUGGAAGCAUUAGUAUACGAUCUCUCGCUAAAAAUCCAGGAGGGUGAAGUAUUUGCUGAGUAUCUGACAUCGGAAGAGAAAGAGCAGUUAACAGAAGAGUUGAAGCGACUACGUAUGUGGAUGGAGGAUGAGGUUGAUAUUAACACUUCUACUGAUGAUUUUAUUUCAAACAAGGCAAUUUUGGACAAGCUUACUGCGAGCGGACAUAGGAGAAAAAAUGAAAGGCUGAUGCUUCCGAAGGCGAUUGAAUCGCUGAACAACCUCUUAAAUCAUUCUCUUGCUUUUUAUGAUGUCGCGCUCAAUAUGACUACGUCUGAUGAUCCAGUUUUCACUACCACGGAAGUUGAGGUGUUUUACAAACUCAUUACUAGUACAAUUGAGUGGUGGAAGGAGAAGAAUUCGUCUUAUGUGGAGCAGCAAAAGCAUGAGGAUCCCGUGGUUACAACUGAAGAAUUGGCUGCUAAGAUACGUGGAGUUUCAUAA